UGGUGGACCAAACAUUCAAUAUCACAUCCUUGACGGAUGCGGCCUCGAAUCUGCUGUCCCAGUUUCCCUGUGACUCAUCUUCAAAGAAAUUAAGUAUGAUUAAAAGCCUAUAUUUGAAAUUCAUAGGAGUACAUUUCCUGAUAUGGAACUUACACGUGGGUGUUUGCUUGUGGCGUAGAGGCCUGGGGACUUCCUCUAACUUGGAGUUGAUAAAUACCCAGAGUUUACUGAUGGAAGAGCCAUAAUCCACCCAGUAACAAGUGUGGUUGGAUGUGAGAGGUGCUGAAACCAAUAGCUACAAGGCAUUAUCUCCACGAUCUGUGGCAGCCUAGCUCAUUGUCUAGACUGGUUUCAGCUGUUUUCUACAGAUCUGUUUUAAUCAAAAUUCUCAGGGUCAAGAAAAUAUCAUUUCUGACCAAGAAGCGACAAAGGUUCUCACUGACGUAGCUGAUCCUAAAUGUGCCUGUGGUACCUUGUAGAGGCAUCAGUCUGAAGAAUACGUUUUUGGUGAUCACAGACAAUGGCACCAUUCCAGGAAGAAUUGGAAAUGACCCCCAGAGAUUCUGCAGUGCUGGAGGUCACAAGUUCUCGUGCCUCCGAAUGCCAACCAGACAGAGAUGAUACAUUCGUCACCAACCUGGAUGAUGAGGAUCCGGAAACCAACGAUCCGGAAGUUGACGAACCGGACGGGAACCUGGUUACCAAAGCUGGGCCAGUAAACGAGUUUAGAGUUCGGAGGUCCACCGUCCAGAAUAUGCUUGACCUAGCUCUCGUUGCUGCCAACAUUUCCCAGCUGAGGAUUAUUCUGACUGUAGGCCCAGGCAAUCUGGACUUUUACUACUUAAUGCUGUCGUGCGUGUGUCUCUCGCUUGGGUUUCAGGUGCUGUUUGCCAUCAUUAUUUUAAUUGUCAAGAUCCGGGAAGAUAAAAUGAAAUCAGUGUCGCGUGACCCGGAAGUACAAACGGAAUCGAGACGACCGACACGAGACAAAGUGACUGACAGAUUGAAUUGCCUAUCAAUGGCACUAGUUUUGUUUGUGCUUCUGUUAAAUAUGGUCCUCAGUGGGUUCAUCACUGUGAGAAAGAAUUCACCUGCGGACAAAAUUGGUGAAAGUUUUACCGUUGGUUUGUACUGAUAUGUUGAUCAAACUGUACGUUUGAAAUGGAAAUGAGCUUUUUAACAAUCCGAUUGAUUGUCAAUAACAUAUAUUUGAAUGAUAAAAAUCAAUAUCACCUAAUAGAGGAAGAAGUUGUCAAAGAACAGUUAUUUAAUCCCCAUCAUAUUAUAUAUGAGUAAUUCGCUUAAUAAUAUUUACAGAUUGGAAGACUGAUGUAUGUAUAAAUUUUGUGACGGUACUGGUAGUAGUAGUAGUAGCAGUAGUACUAGUAGUAGUAGUACUUGUUGUACCUCUAGUAGUUGCUGUUUGGUUGGUUGGUUUUUUAACGCUGCACGAAGCAAUAAUCGAGCUAUAUGGCGGCGGUCUGUAAAUAAUCGGUGGAGUCUUGCAGUCUUGCAGUGAGUGUCUGAGGUUAGUUUUACACCGCACUCGAGUCUGGACCAGACAAUCUAGUGAUCAACAUCAUGAGCAUCAAUCUACGCAAC